AUGGCCAGCAGCGAAUCAGGAUAUACGUCUCCAAAAGAGGUCGAGAGCAAGCUCGAAACCUUGCGAGCGACAUUCGCAAGCGGUUGUACCAAGGACCUCCGUUGGCGAAAGUGGCAGCUGAAGCAGCUAUUCUGGCUCGUCCGCGAUAACGAAACAGCUAUCGCCGAUGCCUUGUACAAAGACAUCGGCAAGCAUGAGUUUGAGGCGUUCUUCACUGAGAUUGCCUCUGUCAAAGGGGACAUCCUCGACCAUAUAUCCAAUCUGGAGGAGUGGGCUGCAGAUGAGGUCCCUGAUGCCGGUUUCGCCUUCACCAAGCUGGGUUCUGCGGUCAUUAGGAAAGAACCCUUGGGUGUCGCUCUCAUCAUAGGGCCAUGGAACUUUCCUUUCGCUUUGGUGAUGCAGCCGCUGUGUGCGGCGAUAGCAGCCGGAUGUACCGCCAUGGUCAAACCCUCAGAGCUGUGUCCGACGGUUGCAUCAUUGGUGGAGACUUUGCUGCCUCAAUACCUUGAGAGCAGGGCUUACACUACGGUUACAGGUGGCGCCGAGGAAAUGAGCUUCAUCCUCUCGCUCAAAUACAACCACAUCUUCUUCACUGGAUCCACGCCUGUCGGCAAACAUAUCGCGGCUGCUGCGGCCAAGCAUCUCACCCCCACUGUGCUCGAGCUGGGCGGUCAGGGUCCCACGAUUGUCACAGCCAAUGCCAAUGUCGAUCUCGCUGCGAAACGCAUUGCGUGUUCCAAGUUCCUGAACGCGGGACAAAUUUGCAUCACGACAAACCACGUCUUUGUGGAUCCAUCCAUACACAACGAGUUUGUCGCUCGGCUCAGGGUCUGGAAUGAGACUUUCCAUGGAAAACCAGAGCACGGCAGUCAGAUGGCUAAGAUCGUCAACGAGCGCAACCACGAUAGGUUGACAAACAUGAUUACCAACACUACUGGCGAGGUGAUCUGUGGAAGUACAGGAGACCGCGAGAAACUCACAAUCCCUACGACUAUCAUUGACAAUGUUACUAUGGACGAUGCACUACUCGACUCCGAAAUCUUUGGCCCGUUGCUUCCCAUCAUCGAAAUGGGAUUCCAGGAAGCUGUUGACAAGAUCACAGAAGGACCUCACCCUCUAGCCAUCAACAUUUUCAGCCACAAAAAGUCUGAGAUAGAUUACAUCUUGAAUCAUACCAUUUCAGGCGGUGUAUCGAUCAACGACUGCAUGUUACACGCAGCUGUGCCAAAUGCUGGCUUCGGAGGCGUUGGUGAUUCGGGUAUGGGCGCUUACCAUGGCAAGCUGGGCUUCGAGGCUUUCACGCACAGACGUACGGUUGCGCGUAUGCCAGAUUUCUUAGACAGCGCGAUGAGUUUCCGCUACCCGCCUUUCGAUAUGAAGAACAAGAAGGCUGUUGACGUUGGCACCAGAGUCGGUUUCAAAAGAGGUGAAACACUCCAAGAUCAAAAGAUUGGAGGCGGUUCUGUCGCCUGGUCUUGA